UCCGAGUUCGUAUAAAGUCUCCGUGAACUGAUAGAGAAUCAUCAGAAACCAGCAGCUCGAGAAACUUCAGCGGUUUUUCUUUUAUAAAAUCACAUUAAUGUUCUUGACGAUGUUUCGAGUGUUUUCGGCUGUUGUGCUGGUGUGUGUGUGCAGCGUGUGUGUGUGUGAGCGCGCGGAGCGGGCGGAUUUACCGAGAGACUUCGGAGUGAAACUGUGCGGGCGCGAGUUCAUCAGAGCCGUGAUCUUCACGUGCGGAGGAUCCCGGUGGAGGAGAUCCGACACACCUCACAGUCACUGGCUCCUGGACUCGUAUCUGGACCGGGACGCUGCGCCGGGCCCGGAUGAAGGUGUCCCGCUCUUCUCGUCUCUCUCAGAGCUGCUGCGGGUCGUACAGACGGCUGCGGACGGGGAGCCGAGCGCGAACUGGCCCCGUCCUGACCGGAGCAAGAGGAACUUCUCUCUGGGACUGGCGGGAAUGUGCUGUAAUCAGGGCUGCACGAAAAACGACAUCGGUCGCCUGUGCUGAGAAUCACUGAUGAUGAUGAUGAUGAAGGACUCACACUGAACUGUUAGAUCCGUCCCACUGCUUUCAUUUGUAUUUAUUUCCUUUGACCUCAUUAAUAAACGUCAACGUCUUGAUUGCAACUUUCAUGUUUUACUGCCAAUGAUUCAUGAAUACACAAGAAUCUCCAAAUGAAUAAAGGCAAACGCCAUGAGAGCCAUGAUUUUACUCUGCUGUACCGCAGUAAAACCACCUCGUUACAGUAUUAAUCAGAAUAAACAAUUCUUCUGUUGUGAAUGAAA